UUAUGGAAUUUCGAAACAAGGAUCCAGGUGCCGUACAGUUCGGAAAUUUUAUAAAUUACUAUCAGUUCAACUCUGCCGAAGACAGACUGAAACUUUUGCCCUCAAAAUACUGGCUGCCGGAAGAUGGAAACCCGACUUCCGAACCCUACCUAGUCCUAGAUGUUGGAUGCAAUUCAGGAGUAUUCACACAACUAUUACAAAAAUACCUAAGUAGUUUAAUGCCUCAACGUAAAGUUUGUGUUUAUGGCAUCGAUAUUGAUGAAGCCUUAAUUUCCCGUGCCAAAGUGGACAAUUCCAAUUGCAAAGAGAUUAUUUCAUACGAUUGUGUCGAUGUCAUGGAUAAUGAAGCCUUUGAAAAAGUACAACAGUUUCUAAAGCUCAAUAAUAGAACGAAUUAUGAUGCUGUAUGUUGUUUUUCCAUUACCAUGUGGAUACAUUUAAAUCAUCACGAUGUCGGACUGCAAGAUUUUCUUCGGAAAUUGGCCAACAUAGCCAAACUAUUUAUAGUCGAACCCCAGCCUUGGAAAUGCUAUCAAACUGCUGAACGAAGACUGAAAAAGUCAGGGGAAGUUUUUCCAUUAUUUCCGGAACUUAAAUGGAGAUCACAAGUAGAAAGCGAGAUUGAAAACUAUUUAGAAUUGACAUUGCAGAGGCAAAAAAUUUAUGAAUCUAUUCCCACCAAGUGGCAGAGAAAGAUUUGUUUUUAUAGAUAAUAGCAAUUCUUUUAAUUUA